GGUGUAAGAAAAGGUUACACUAUUAUCAGAAAGUUCGUUAGCCUACCAACCAGAGCACAGGAGUCCUAAGUAGGGGCAUAAAAAAUUCCCAAAUAUUAUCUUGAUAAUUGAGGAUUUUAUUCUGGUCCACAAAGCUUCCUUCGUCCCAUCUGUCCUGCUAAUCAACAUAGAAUUCUUCACGUCCUUCAUGGCCACAUAUCUAGUCUUCGUCUAAGUACGGAUUGUCAAGUUAGUGUCCCUAGAGUAAUUUAUUCCCAAGACUUCAAAUGCUCCCUCUUUAUAUGAAGUCUACAUAUGUUUGAACGCGCUUAUAGAACACUUCUUUUAGACACAAUUAGCUUAUAUAACCCAAGAAAAUUAGAAUCUGAUUUGUACGUAACUUUUUUCGAUUUCUUUGCCAGUUUUUAAACUUCAAAUCUGUACAUGUUUUGGAGAUGAAGUUAUUACGACAGCCGCAGAAUUCUUUCAACUCCAGUACAAUACUAGUACUAUUAUGCAGCCUUACUCUCACCAUUUCUUACAUGGAUGUCAAUUGUCUUGCUGCAAUCGGUGAUGACAACAAAUCAAGUGACCAUCUGGCGUUGAUUGCUUUUAAGAAGGGAAUUACUCAAGAUACAUUCGGAAUGUUGAGUUCCUGGAACGACAAGAAUAAUUCUCUUCAUUUCUGCGAGUGGGGAGGUGUUACAUGUAGUCGCCGUCAUCCUAGAAGAGUCACCAAGAUUAAUCUUCGAUCACAAAAAUUGGUAGGUUCCAUUUCUCCUCACAUUGGAAACCUUAGCUUUCUUGAGGAACUCAUCCUCAGCAACAACAGUUUAAGCGGAGAAAUUCCACAGCAAAUUGGCCGUCUCUUUCGAUUGAGACGCUUGGGUCUUUCAAAUAAUUCCUUGGAAGGAGAAAUUCCGCACAACAUUUCUCGUUGCUCCAAUCUUAUACAGCUUAAUAUAUCUCGCAACUAUCUUGUGGGACGUAUACCAAAUGAGUUAGGCUAUUUGUUUAAUCUCAUAGUAUUGAAUAUCAUCCGAAAUAAUCUGUCAGGUGAGAUUCCAGCUUCAUUAGGUAACCUUUCAUCUCUUAUUUACCUUGAUCUAAAUGCAAAUAAUUUAGAAGGAAGAAUACCAAACUCUCUAAGUAAAUUAAGGAACUUGCAACAUCUUGUUCUCGGUCUGAAUAAGUUAUCAGGUACCAUCCCUUCUUCAGUCUAUAAUAUUUCAUCACUUAGAAUCUUUUCAGCGAUGAAUAAUCAACUCCAUGGGAGUAUUCCUUUUGAUAUUGGUUUCACACUUCCAAAUCUCAACUUCUUUUUAAUUUCAAAUAACAAUUUCACUGGAACCAUUCCAAGUUCAUUUUCCAACUCGUCUAGACUCGAAAUAUUACAACUUGAUAACAAUAACUUAGUAGGAUCAGUCCCUUAUAAUCUUGGCAACUCGAAAAGUCUUGACAGAAUACUUUUGGGAGAAAAUAAGCUUGGAAGUGGACAAGCUAAUGAUCUAGACUUCAUCAAUUCUCUAGUCAACUGUACAGAUUUGAGGUGGUUGAAUAUAUCCGCUAAUAAUUUUGGGGGAGUUUUACCUAGUUAUAUAACCAAUCUCACAACAAACCUUCGUAUUCUAGAUUUCAGAGGGAAUUACAUAUAUGGAAGUAUUCCUCCAGGUAUUCAGAAUCUUCAAGGUUUAAGGACACUCUCUUUGGGUUCAAACCAGUUCACAGGAAGUGUUCCUCCAAGUAUUGGGCUCUUUCAAAAUUUAGGAAUACUAGAGUUGGAUAGUAACAAACUCUAUGGUGCAAUCCCUUCUUCGUUAAGUAACGUAACACGACUGAUCAAACUAAGUUUAUAUGAUAAUAACUUAACAGGUCUAGUUCCAUCAAGUCUUGGAUACUGUAAAUCUUUGCAGCUUUUGGAUCUACAUUCUAACAGACUAAGUGGUAGUAUCCCCGUACAAAUUUUCAGACUUCCCUCUUUAUCAUUGAUGCUAGACUUAAGUAAUAACUCAUUUACUGGUUCAGUCCCAGUGGAAAUUGGUAGCUUGAGAAACCUUGGGGAGUUGUACCUGCACACAAACAAAUUAUUUGGUGAAAUCCCAAGUAGCAUAGGACAGUGUUUAGCUUUAAGAUAUCUAAAGCUGCAAGGUAACUUCUUUCAAGGACAUAUUCCUCCAACUAUUGAAUCCUUAAAAGGUCUUGAAAGCUUAAACCUUUCACACAAUAAUUUCUCUGGUAUAAUUCCGAAAGGCCUUGAGAUUCUAAGGACACUCGUUGAGUUGGAUUUGUCAUAUAAUAAUUUAGAGGGAGCAGUACCCCAAGAUGGAGUGUUUGAGAAUGCAAGUAAAUUUUUAAUAGUAGGGAAUCGUAAGCUUUGUGGUGGUAUACCUGUUUUGAAGUUGCAGAGUUGUCCCAUGCCAUUUAACCCAGAUUCAAAGCAAAACCAAAGGAAAUCAAUAUCAGUCGGAGUAAUUGUUAUCAUAAUAAUUCUGGUUGGUUUAUUUAUAACUUUGAUUGUUUUUUAUUUAACUCUUUACUGGAGAAUAAAGUCAAAAAGCAAAUUGCCUUCAACGAAUUUAGACGUGGGUAUAAGGUUCAAAGGAGUUUCUUAUACUGAGCUCUCUAAAGCUACCAACGGAUUUAAUGAUUCUACCAAUUUGCUUGGGGUGGGAAGUUUUGGCUCUGUAUAUAAGGGAAUUCUUCGCCAAGAUGAAUUAAAUCCUGUUGCAGUUAAGGUUCUACACCUUCAACGAAGAGGUGCAACCAAGAGUUUCAUGGCUGAAUGUGAUUUUCAACGGAACGCUAGACAUACAAAUUUACUCAAGAUAGUUACUUGUUGCUCGAGUACUGAUUGUCAAGGUAAUGAUUUCAAAGCUCUAGUUUUUGAGUUCAUGUCUAAUGGCAGUUUAGAGGAUUGGUUACACCCAAAUAUAGGUGACAGGAACAACAACGGUGAAAUACAAGUAAAGAAUUUGAACCUGAAAAGAAGGUUGAACAUUGCAGUUGACGUUGCUUCCGCCCUAAAUUAUCUUCACCAUGAAUGUGUUACGCCCCUUGUUCACUGUGAUCUGAAGCCAAGCAAUGUUCUUCUUGAUGAUGCUUUAAUUGCCCAUGUGAGUGAUUUUGGCUUGGCUCAGUUCCUUUCAAAUCCCACCAGUACUUCCCGGCAGCUAAAUGAACAAGAUGCAAAUUCAGUUGAAAUAAUGGGCUCCAUUGGUUAUGUCGCUCCUGAAUAUGGAAUGUGUGCUGCAGCGUCUACACAAGGUGAUGUUUAUAGUUAUGGGAUACUUUUAUUAGAGAUGUUUACAGGAAAGAGACCAACUGAUGACAUGUUUAAGGAUGGUUUAGACAUUCAUAAAUUCUCUAAGUUGCAUGCAUUUCCAGAGCGAGUUCUCGAUAUUAUCGAUUCAAGAUUGUUGUUGGAACUAGAAAAUGAACAUCUUGAAAAUACGGAAACUAACAGUUACAAUAUGCCACGAAGCGAAAGAAGAAACAGAGCAAGACAUACCACGAGACAAAUUUUAGCUUCAAUUAUUCAGAUUGGAGUCAUAUGUUCGUCAGAAUUACCUUGCCAUCGAAUCAGCAUGAAUGAGGUCAUUGGUUAUGUAGAGGUAAUAAAGAAUCAGUAUCUUGGGAUCAGAAUGUAAUGAAAAUGGAUUAAUUCCAUUGGUCGUGUUAUCAUCUAACAUGAUUUAUAUGUAGAGGUAAUAAAGAAUCAGUAUCUUGGAAUCAGAAUGUGAUAAAAAUGGAUUAAUUCUAGUGACCGUGUUUUCAUCAAACAUGAUUAAUAUGUAGAGGUAAUAAAGAAUCAGUAUCUUGCAGUAUCAACUUUCGACAGCCUAAAACAUGCACCAAUAUGUAAGUAUAGAGUUUGAAGUCUGAUAGACAAUAUCUCAAACAGGUUUA